AUGACGUCUGAAGUGAACUUCAAGUCCUCCCCUCAGUCUCCUACCGAAAAGCUUUCAACCGUGCCUCAAGACGACCCGAAAACAGCCGGCGCUGCAGUAUCCGGCCUGACAAAAGAAGCCAAGCAACAGUACCUGAUAAAUGAAAUCAAAAAGCUUGUCGAAGACUGUGAAGAUUUUAUCGGCCUGGUUCCGGGGCCCCAUGGUGUUCCCGAGGUCGUGGUUUCCCCUAAUAUCAAAAAGGACAGAUGGGCUAUCAUUGGCGAGGCUCAUGGCACCUUUGCUCAAUACCUGUCCAUGCGCAGCCCCAGCGCUCCCGGCCAUUGCUGCGGCGCCAAUCAUCAAACAGCCAAACCGUCGAGGCUAGAAUCCAUUCCAGAUGGAGGAACGCCAGGUGGUGCAAUUACUUGGCCAGCGCAGCGUCCUCUGAAGCGGCACAGAUCGAAACCCACUUCCACAAGAAAUCCAUCAAGAUCAAGAACCCAGCAGGGUGGCGGCGGAGCGAGGCUCUGGGAAGCCCCUGCAUCUCAGAUCCGGGUGGACGACCACGAGAAACUAGCCCAGUGGUAUAGACAGGCCUUCUUGAUACUCCAGCAGGUGGCUUGUCGGCUAGUGGCCAAGGUCUGGAUCAAAGAAAUCCACCCCAAGAAGCAAUCGACGCAUCCAUACAAUGGCCAAAUGCCCCGUGGCGAGCCUCCCGACCCGGAUCGGACAAGGCCUCCUUACUGGCCAGCUGAGGUCAUUCAUCGAGAACCCGAUCAUAUUGGUCGUGAUGACAGAACCCGCCUGCUUGUCCAUUUGAUCACGAAAACUCCCCAGCCCGUCAUUACGAACCCUCUGUCCGAAGGAGUGAACCAGCAGUUUGUCAGGGCUCGAGACUUGCUGGAAUCUUUACAGACGAAGAGAAGUGAACUGCGAGAAGACCGUUGGGAUAUCAUCCAACAGAUUGUAAACGCAAGAGAGAAACAAGAGCAGUACGAGGCCAACGAGAUAGAUGGUGAUACGCUGGUCUUCGUUUGUGAUUACGGCGACGCCACAAGUUCGAAACUGUCCGCAAUCGACUCUGAUGAUGACGGGCUUAGACGGGCUGGCUCUGCGCCUGGUGCCUCCAGUGACGGCUCCGUAGAUGCAGGUGAGGAGCAUGAAGCAACGCCAGGCUCUUCCACACAAACCUCUCCGGCUGAUCAGGCGGCUCUGGACGCGCGCCUCUUGGUCAACAAAUCCAGGAGCUCCGGGUCCAAGGAAGCCAGCAGUCGUCGAUACGCAGCUCGUCGGCCUCGACCGAGCUUCCACGGUCCUCGAGUAGUAUCGGUGAUUGCGCCACGGACGGGACAGGACUUUUCUUCCGGGGUGAAAAUGGGGAUGGAGAACGCCUUGACGCAUAGCGAGGGCGUCAUGCUUCCACUGGCUGGAAUGCACCAGGCACCCACCAACAUGUUCGGACGCCAUCUUGAUAACCAUGCCGGAACCAACGCCAUGAUGCAUGCUGCUGCGCACAGCGGUCAUCUCAACACAAAUCUGCACGCUCCAACCUGGUCAGGGAUGUUGCCAGACAUGGUACCUGAUCCGCCACCUGAGAUGUUUGUUAUGCCCACUAAUAUGGCGCCGCAACCGGUUGGCUUGAGACACUACUUCACUCAAGAGACGCUCGAAAUGGCCAAUGGUAUCCAACAUGGACUUGGCUCCUCCGUGGUGAGUCCCAUGCUUUAUCACGACUUUGGGGACAACACGCGACGAUCUCUGCCGCAUCGGGUUGCAGACACGCAGCAAGCCGCAAUGAUACAAAGCCCAGACAUCAGCAUGGAGAUGAUGGCUGAUCGUUACAAAAUGGAUCACUGGUGA